UUAAAUAUUUUUCUUUUGAUCGGCAAGGGCGAGAAUUUCAAUAAAAGCGAACUACUGAACAAAAAACAUCCUUGGGCCUCGAAAUGCCACGUCUGAGUUUGAGUACUUUUAACUCCGAAAAAAAAAAAAAUCCAAUUUCAGACUUCUCUUCUUGUUGAAUCAUCAGUAUCUGGUGGAGUCUCUUCUGAUAAGGUGUUGAAUUGUAGAAGAAACAACUCCUCAUCUAAAAGAAAGGUUUUAUUCUCAAAGCAUAUACCUUUACACCAUAUCUCUCUACAAAUACAACAGUUGAGGCUCGAAAGGCUUUGCCUUUCGCUUUGCUCUGUGGGUCACCGGCGUUUCCCAGUUCUGGUAACCGGAGAUGGCUUUCCGGCGAAUACCCAUCACAUGGACUGUCUUCCUCUACCUCCUGUUAGUAUCGACCCAAUCCAUUCACACUGCUAGGGCACGCAAAACCCCCAAAAUCCAAGGACCCAUCAAAACGGUCGUCGUUUUGGUCAUGGAAAACCGCUCCUUCGACCACAUCCUCGGCUGGCUGAAGUCGACCCGACCCGAAAUCGACGGCCUCACCGGAAACGAGUCGAACCCGCUCUCCGUCUCGGACCCCAACUCGCCUCGGGUCCCCGUCUCCAGCGACGCCUUCUUCAUUGACUCGGACCCGGGCCACUCGAUCCAGGCGAUCAGGGAGCAGAUAUUCGGGUCCAACCGGAGCUUCGAGGACCCGGCUCCGAUGAACGGGUUCGCUCAGCAGGCCGAGAGCAUGGCCGAGGGCAUGUCGAGCAAGGUGAUGAGCGGGUUCAAGCCGGAGGUCUUGCCGGUCUACACCGAGUUAGCGAACGAGUUUGCCGUGUUCGACCGGUGGUUCGCGUCCGUACCCGCGUCGACUCAGCCGAACCGGUUCUACGUCCACUCGGCUACGUCACACGGCGCCUCCAGCAACGUCCGCAAGGACCUCAUCCACGGCUUCCCUCAGAAAACGAUCUUCGACUCCCUGGACGAAAAUGCCCUCGACUUCGGGAUUUAUUACCAGAACAUCCCUGCCACCCUCUUCUUCAGGAGCCUGAGGAAGCUGAAGCACGUGACGAAAUUCCACAGCUAUGCUCUGAAAUUCAAGCUCCACGCGAAGCGCGGGAAGCUCCCGAACUACGCGGUGAUCGAGCAGAGGUACUUCGACGUCAAGGAGCUUCCCGCCAACGACGACCACCCGUCGCAUGACGUGGCGCGAGGGCAGAGGUUCGUGAAGGAGGUGUACGAGACGCUGAGGGCGAGCCCGCAGUGGAAAGAAAUGGCCUUGUUGAUUACAUACGAUGAGCACGGCGGGUUUUACGACCACGUGCCUACGCCGGUUUCGGGUGUGCCGAGCCCGGAUGGGAUUGUCGGGCCCGACCCGUUUUAUUUCAGGUUUGACCGGUUGGGUGUGAGGGUGCCGACCAUACUCGUCUCGCCCUGGAUCGAAAAGGGUACCGUUAUCCAUGAGCCAACAGGGCCGACACCAGAUUCGCAUUUUGAGCAUUCGUCUAUCCCUGCGACUGUAAAGAAGCUUUUCAAUUUAAAAUCGAACUUCCUGACAAAGAGAGAUGCAUGGGCUGGUACUUUUGAGAAUUACUUUUACCUCCGCAGUACUCCUCGUGACGACUGUCCAGAAACUCUUCCAGAGGUGACUAUGUCACUGAGGCCUGGGGGACCACGAGAAGAUGUGAGCCUCUCGGAAUUUCAAGUUGAGUUGAUCCAGCUUGCAUCCCAGCUCAAUGGUGAUUAUGUUCUCAACACUUACCCAUAUAUUGGCGAAAGCAUGAGAGUGGCUGAAGCCAACAGAUAUGCAGAGGAUGCUGUUAAGAGGUUCCUGGAAGCUGGACGAGCUGCACUUAAAGCCGGAGCCAACGAGUCUGCAAUCGUUACGAUGAGACCUUCCCUCACUAGCCGAGUUAAUAUGCAAGGUCAUGGCUCCUCCUACCUACAAACUCAAUGAUUAUACAUCAAAAAUAGCGGCUGUAAAUAGGAGUUAAACUCCAUAUGUGUAUGGUAUAAGUUAUAUUUAAGUAAAUAACAGUAUGAAAAUGGCUUGGAGCCUUCCACAACUAAUUGUUGUCGGUACAUUAUUAGCUAGCCAAAAGAUUAUAGCAAUUUAUAGUUGGGUUAGUCCAUCUGGUAUUUGUGAUAAUUGAUGUGUGGCACCAAAAUUGAAGAAAAUGGGCGAAUUCGUA